UUAGCUUAUUAUUUGGAUUUUCUCUUGGAGAUCUAACAAUGAAACCGUUGCUUCGACCUAAUCUUCCUUCGGGCGAGUAUAAGCUUAUCUUUAAAGCUGUAUAUAAAUGCGAUUUGAUGAAUAUCAAUGAGACGAUCCAAUUAAACAUACAUCUUAGCCAGAAGUCAUCAUAUGGAACGGAAUAUGUCGGAAAUGUAACGUUAUUAGAACCGCUCAACGACGAUUUAGAUGUAAACGUGAAUAUGGCUGUAAUGGAUAAAAUUGGAGGAUGGAAACCUAAUGCUUAUGUGUACUCAUCUAAUAAGGCAUGCUCGACAGUAAAGCGAUUUUACGGAAGAACAUUUCACACGUUUUUAGGCAUUGAACAUGCGGAAUGCCCGGUUGCAAAGGGUGUUUACAAUGUUCGGUAUGAUACAAAAAAUUUUGAGAACACAUUUAAGCCGGCGGUUUUUUUCUAUGGAAAAUAUAGAUUCAAACAAUUUUACACUAACAAACAAAACACCGUAGUUGGUUGUAAUAUCGCGGCUGUGGAUGUAGUAAGACCUUGGGAUACCGAAGGCAAUUAUUAA